CGUAGCACCCUGCCAAUGGCCACCGCCCAUUCUUAAAUAGAGCUGUGAGAGCGGUAGCGAGAGAUUGCAAAGAAACAAACGAGACCCAUUGCAGAGAGAUCAUCGACGACGACGACGACGACGACGACCGUUUAGAUAAACAAAUUUUCGCAGCGAUAUGGCUACUCUCACUGUUCCUCACCAGGUUCCCGACGCCGCUGAAGACUCCGAGCAGCUCCACAAGGCAUUCUCAGGAUGGGGGACGAACGAGGCGCUGAUCAUCUCGAUCCUGCCGCACCGGAACGCUGCCCAGCGGAAGCUGAUCAGAGAAGUCUACAGCUCCACCUACGGCGAGGAUCUGCUCAAGGAUCUCGACGACGAGCUCUCCAGCGACUUCCAGCGCGCCGUCCUCCUCUGGACCCUCACCCCUGGGGAGCGCGACGCCGUUCUGGCCCACGAGGCCACCAAGAAGUGGACCUCCAGCAACCAGGUCAUCAUGGAGCUCGCCUGCACCAGAUCCUCCGCCCAGCUCCUCGACGCCAAGGCCGCCUACCACGCCCGAUUCAAGAAGUCGAUCGAGGAGGACGUCGCCCACCGCACCACCGGCGACUUCCGCAAGCUCCUCUUCUCCCUCAUCGCCUGCCACCGCUACGACGGCGGCGGCGACGCGGUCAACAUGACCCUCGCCAAGCAGGAGGCCAAGAUCCUCCACGAGAAGUUCGAGGGCAAGCAGUUCGCCGACGACGAGGUGGUGCGGAUCCUCUCCACGAGGAGCAAACCCCAGGUCAACGCCGCGCUGAACGAGUACAAGGCGCAAUUCGGCCACGAGAUCGGGAAGGCGCUCGAAUCGGACGACGGCGGCGAGGAUAAGUUCCUCUGGCUGCUGAGGUCGACGAUCAAGUGCCUGACUCGCCCCGAGGACUACUUCGUCGAGGUCAUCCAUGGCGCGAUCGCCAAGACGGGGACGGACGAAGGCGCGCUGACUCGGGUUGUGGCGACCAGGGCGGAGGUGGAUCUGAAGGUCAUCAAGGAAGAGUACCAGCGGAGGCACAGCGUCCCUCUGGCGAAAGCCAUUGCCAAGGAUACCGGCGGCGACUACGAGAACAUGCUCCUCGCUCUUCUUGGCGAGCAGGAUGAGUAGAAAGGGGGAAAACACCAUGGCCUCUGUGUGUGUUGUUCUAUCUAUUUCUGUUUGGUUUCCUGCUGCGUUUGUGUUUGUUGAUUCCCUGCUGCUGUUGUGAGUUCUUGGUUCAGCCAUGGCUGCUGCUGCUAUAGAUCUUGAAAUAAGAAUGAACCAUUUUCUGUUGUUUACUCUCUGUUUUUGAAGAUGAAAGACGGCAAAAUCUGGUGCUAAAUUAAUACCAAAACAAGUACAU